UACGCAAUUAAGAGAGGAGGACUGCAAAAUUAGGGCUUUGAGGAAACAAAGCAUUCGGGCUGAAAAUGGAUUGUUCUCCGAUUGGUUCGACGGGCACAAUCGACUUGACGGAGCCGGAGCCGGAGCCGGAGGUGGAUCUGAGCGGCGGCGCGCACCUUCUCCCCUGCACCAUCAAGUACGACGGACCCUGCUCUGUUUCUCAGUACUUCAAGCCCAGACCAACUGGGAUGGAGGCCGAUGGGUUGGCAGUGCAGGAGGCCUAUUUCCGGGGGAGGAAGUUGCAAGGCGCCGCUGUUCCGCUUCCUCCCGGGUAUUCCGGUUUUGUCAUUGGAAAGAAGACUAUUGGUGAAACAAGUGGUUCAGAAAUCUCUGAAGGGAACCUGAACUUUUGGGAGAUGAAAGCAAAAUUUGGUAGCGUAACAUAUUGGAACCAUGAUUGUCUUCCAUCACAAGAUGAUGCAUUUUUGCGUUCUUUUCACUGGAUAUCUGUUGCAGAGGCGCUUCACAAGCCAGUGACAGCAGAAGAUUUAGCUACUUCUUCAGUCCAAGAGAAAACUCAAAUUGCUGAGAACUAGAACAUUAUCGCUGGCUCCUCCAUUCGUGGGUAGAGAGGUUGGACAUUUGGAGUGAUACUAAUCCAGGUCCUUCAUGCCUUCCUGCUUCCAUUGCCGAACUUUUUCAUGAUCCCUAAUGCCUUGCCAACUCAUGUCGUUCGUCCUUAGUAAAUGACACCAAAUCAUUACCUCUUUACUCCUAAGUUCGGGUCAGGUAGUUCUUUCUGUCUGCUGUUUUGCGUGGUUGGAAAGUGGCAUAUAUUCCCUGAUGGUGGACUCCAAAUCAUCAUACCAUAGUUUUGUAAAAAGGACAUUUGGAUUAAACUAAUAGCCUAGCAAGGAAGGUCAAUGAAAGCAUUCAAAAAGGUUUAUAUACUCGAUUGGGGUAAGCGACUUGAUCAGUUGACAGAC